UCAGAAUAGGAAGCCUAUUUAAAGCAUUGAAUCAUGCAGGUUACACAUAUCAAUGAAACAUUAGGUUUUAAACAUUCAAGGAACAUUAAUUUAUAAAAAAAAUAAUCAUUUUUUAGCAUAAGAUCUACCGUAUUUUUAAGCAAGUGGGGAAAUGUUGCCAUACAAGAAGACGAACUAGAAUAAAACACAAACUCUAUUUUCACAGGGAAUCAAAUGUGCACACUGUUGAAGAAGAAAAACAGUAAGUUCAAACAUAAUUCGUCAAGUGAUUAUAUUAAAACACAAAGAAACCAUGACAAAGUUAUUUUGUGCCUUACUUCUGAUGGCAUAUUUGUUCACAAUCAAUGGACUGAAAGAACAUGAAUGGAACAUGGGACUGAAAAAGAGAGACAACCUGCAAAAAUUUGACUCUGCGGCUAAGGAGUUUGCAAGUGGUGGUAAAACUUUAUUCACAUACCUAACUGAAGGCUUCGAAAAUGUUUACAGUUUGUCCGAGUCACCCCAAAAUGUAAGCUUUCAGUGUUUCAAUGACACAGCCAAGAUUUUGGUGGAUCUUGAAAACAAAGAAGAUUAUGCAGAAAAGUUCUUUGAUGCUGAAGCCAAAAUCCCACCUGGGAUUCUUGAGGGCCAAACAGCUUGGACUGGGGACUACCAAGAAUGUUUAAGCAUUAAGUCCUACAGGACCAAAAACGCACACAAUAGUCACCAGUUUGCUGGAAAAUAUUUUACUGUAAGCUACAAGAAACGGCUCUUCCUUGGUAUAUGCAUGCCCAACUCGUGUGAUAAAAAUAACGUUCAAGAAUUACUGGGAACUGUCGUUCCCACAGCAGACAUUUCUGGCGUGUACACAACAGACAGAAACAAAAUUGACACUAGCACUAUCAUGGCAUUUGUGGUACUAAGCAUUAUACUGGCUAUCGUCAUAAUAGGCACGGCAGUUGAUUACUUUGAGACAAUGUACAACAAACAUUUGCAGGAGAGUAAAAUAAACGGGUACACCCAAAUUGAUGAACAGUUGUCAGAAAAUACAGGUCUUCUGGCAGAUAAAAAAGGCUAUGACAAAAGCACAUUCAGAGGUACUUUAUUGAAAGUUUUACAGUCAUUUUCAAUUUUUAACAACACUAGAAAACUAAUGAGUACUGAAACAGCCAAUGGGCCCUUGGCUUGCCUGAAUGGUUUGCGAGUAAUAAGCAUGUGGUGGGUAAUACAGGGUCACACUUACGGCUUCACAACUCUGGUCCUUAAAAACCCACUAUUUGUUUAUUCAACCGUUAUCCCUAGAUUCUCAUUCCAAGCCAUCUUAAACGGUACUUACUCGGUCGAUACUUUCUUCUUUCUCAGUGGAUUGCUAGUUUGCUAUUUGGCCUUAAAAGAGCUGUCAGAACGUGGCAGAAUCAACUGGUUUUACUACAUAUUGCACAGGUACUGGAGGUUGACCCCAGUGUAUGCAAUAUGCCUCAUGUUUUUCACGACAAUUUACAGACUGUUAGUAUCAGGCCCAUUCCACUGGGUAGCGUUGGAUCCUGAUGGUCCUCUGUACCAUGCAGUGGAGCAAUGUAGAAAUUAUUGGUGGUCAAAUCUUCUGUACAUUAACAACCUGUACCCUAACUAUGGCCAGGACGGCUGUUUUGCCUGGGCAUGGUAUCUGGCCAAUGACAUGCAAUUCUACAUCGCCUUAAGCCCAUGGGUAAUAAUCCUGCUUCACCGUUAUAGAAAAAGAGGCAUAGCUUUCUGCCUCUUCCUGAUAGUAUCUUCCAUAGCAUCUAAAUGCAUUGUUGCUGAUUAUUAUGAGAUGAAUCAACAGGGCCAGGUCACAAAGCACACUGAUGAAAAAUGGGCUAAAUCAGACCCACUGUACACUAAACCAUACGCAAGAUGGUCUGUCUAUAUUGUAGGAAUGCUAACAGGGUAUUUCUUACACUAUACGAAAUGCCAAAUGCGAAUGAACAAACUAGUCACAUGGUUGGGGUGGGCAUUGUCAAUAGCCAUGGGAAUGUCUGUAAUUUAUGGGCUUUACUACUACAACAGCCACCCAGGCACUGUGAUGGGCAAAACAGGGACUCUGUUCUAUCUUUCAUGCGCCCGAACAACCUGGGCAGUAGCUCUGGCGUGGCUUGUGAUUGCAUGUGCUACCGGUCAUGGCGGUUGGAUUAAUAACAUUCUUAAAUGGAAAUUCUGGGCUCCUAUGGGCCGGCUUACGUACACAGCAUACCUUAUACACCCUAUGAUACUGUUUGGGUAUUAUUUGAACCUUUUGUCACCCCUUGAGUAUACAGACAUCACAAUGGUUUAUAUGUUUAUAGGCAAUUUAAUUCUUUCAUACGCGGGUGCAUACAUAGUAUCCAUGGCCUUUGAAGCUCCCAUGAUGAAUUUAGAGAAAUUAAUUCUCGGAAAGUCAAAGUAAAGACUCUAACCAACAUCUAAACAUUUUUUUUGUGAUUUGUCCGUCAAUGUCAAUAAGCCUUAUUAUCUAUACAUGUAAGUCUCGUUACAUUGUUUUGAGUAAAAGGAAAUCACUCUACAAUUAUAAUUAUUUGUUCCUAUUACUCCAGGCAAAUUGACUGAUAACAAACCAAUUUGCACCUAAGCUUAAAACUAUCAGCACAUUUAGAAUCCAAUUGUUAUUUGUGAGAGUUAGCUCACAAAUAAUGCAGAUGCAAUUUUGCAAAUCAGUAUUGGCUUAGCUAUGCUAGGAACCGUAACCCGUGACUGCCUGUGUGGAUAACUGCAGUAAAAUUAAGCAGACGACGAAUGCUAAAAGCGUCUGCUCUAACCACCACAUCUGCCUGUUCUCACUGGUACAAUACAUAGUGUGUAUUUAACAGCUUGUACGACAACAUUGGCCAGUGUAGUGUUUAUCAUUGAAAUCUGUACAUAUUGGCUGCUUUCAGGGAAAAUGGGGCUUAAAUUGCAUGUCAAAUAAGAUUAGCCUGUGCACACUGUAGCUGUAUCAAUGAUUUGAAAAAAAACCACAUCUCACCCUGUAAGACACACUCUUUAUAAAUAGCGUCAAAAAAGUGUGUGAAUGCCUUAAUUUGAUUCUUAAUGUUCAUGUUUUCAACUAAGAGUGUUUGUAUCUCAAUUUUUUCUUUAAAUAUUGGUAUCAAUUUUGAGUACACACGUAUAUAAACAGGCAUUUUAUAUUUAUUUCCAUGUUUUGACAUGAAAUUGAUUGCCAGAUUGUCGAUUCUUCUAUUUGAUUGAUUUUUCAUAUUCUUCUAUUUGAUUGAUUUUUCAUAUUAUUGUUUGCUUGUAAAAUGUGUUAUUUUGUAGGGAAAUGUUUGUGUUGUUGACUUAAUAUUGUAAGGUUUCAUAUUUUCUUGUUAAUUAUUUUAUAGUUAAUGGUUCUACCUGGUUAAAAAAAACGAACUGUUUUUUCCUACGACAUUGCAAUUCUGUUAAUUGUUUGAUUCAAUUUUUUCAUUGUUUCUAAUAAAAGUAUUAGUUUUGUUAUAUUGCUUCUAUGUUAUACCAUGCUUCCAAAUUGUUUAAAAAUAUUAUGUGAGUUUUUUUUUUAUAUAUAUUGCCUCUUAUGUUGGCAUCUGUUUAACCUCUAACAUAUUGAACAAAAUUCUGUGUGUUUCUUGUUGAAGAUUGCAAUUUUUGUUGACAUUUCUUAAACAUGAUUAAAUUUUUAAACGG